UUGAGGUGAUCCUGCCAAAGAAUGGGGCCCACAAGGAUAUUCAACAUGAGAAUUUUUUUCCUAGGGUUUCAGACUCCCAACUCGAACUUUCCAAAACCCCCCAUCUUCUCACUGUCACAUUCUUUCUAUCAAAUCGAAUCCCUUCCCCUUCUAUUUAUCACCUGAGAUACGCAAAUUCAAUCAAGAAGACUCACAUCUCUCUUCAAAACAAUGCUGGCUUGAUUCCUGUAAGUUUUAUUUCCAGAAUUUUCUGUUCAAUUUGUUCUGUUAUGGUAAUUAAGAGAGAUAUCAACGUGCAAUAGGUAGAGCAUCACCAACAUAGCGUACUUUUUAUUUUCGUUUUUGGAAUAAAGUUUGAAUCUUUGAAAGAACUAUAUGGGGAAGUCUGGAGGUAGGAAGAAGAAGACUGGCGCCGCCGCCGCCGCCGUAACCCAGGCACAAAACCAAGUGAGCGGCGGAGAGAAUCAUUCGCCGCCUGUUGUUAAUGGCGGUGUUAAUUUUGACUCUUCGGUUUUCUUGAAGAGAGCCCAUGAGCUCAAGGAAGAAGGUAACCGAAGGUUUCAGGCUAAGGAUUACGUGGGUGCUCUUCUGCAGUAUGAAAAUGCCCUUAAGCUCACUCCCAAAACUCAUCCGGAUCGAGCCGUAUUCCAUAGCAACAGAGCCGCCUGCUUGAUGCAAAUGAAGCCGAUUGAUUACGACACUGUGAUAUCCGAAUGCACUCUGGCGCUUCAGGUGCAGCCCAAUUUCGUGCGAGCCCUUCUUAGGAGGGCUCGUGCGUUUGAGGCGAUAGGGAGGUACGAAACGGCUAUGCAAGAUGUGCAGUCGCUGUUGGUUGCUGAUCCUAAUCAUGGCGAUGCAUUGGAGAUUGCUGGACGUCUGAGGAUGGCGCUUGGCCCUCGACAAGAGGCUCAGCAGGACCUUCAGAGCCGUCCCUCGCCAGCAGCCCUUGGGGCCUCUGCAAUCCGUGGGGCGCCCAUUGCUGGCAUUGGGCCGUGUUUGCCGGCUAGACCUGUACCCAAGAAACCGGUGCCCUCAGCAGCCGCUGCAAAUGCUGUGCCUUCUAAUAAGUCAGAGAAGCUGUAUCCUGUGCCGCCCAUUGAGAAUGGCAGUGAGGCCAAUAACCAUUUGCCAAAAGUUGCCUUGAAGCCUGCAAAUGGCUCUUCAAGAUCCAUCCCAAAUGCUGGCAAGGAUAACGCUAAGGAACAGUUGCCUUCUCGAUCAAUCUUCACCUCAGUUCAUCGGCCAUCUGCAGAGCCUGUAAUACAGUACAGGCCAUUGAAGCUUGUUUAUGACCAUGACAUAAGGCUUGCACAAAUGCCUGUUAAUUGCAGUUUAAAAGUAUUGAGAGAGAUUGUUAGUAAUCGUUUGCCAAUGUCAAAAGCCGUGCUGAUUAAGUACAAGGACAGUGAUGGAGACUUGGUGACUGUAACAUGCUCGGCUGAGCUUAGACUGGCUGAGUCGUCAGUCGACAAUUUGAUUCCAAAAGACCCUGAUACUGAAAAGGGAGACUCCCCUGCUAUGUUGAAGUUGCAUAUUGUUGAAGUGAGUCCGGAGCAGGAGCCGCCUUUACUGGAAGAGGAGGAGAGUGUGGUGCCGGCUAAAGGAGACGAGAAUGUGUCACAAUCUUCUCCUGCAGAAUCUGUUGUAGAAGCUGUGGACUCUGAGAUUGAUAGCACUGAGAAAAUUGCUCAAAAGGAGAAGACAGGAGGGACAGAAGACCCCGAGUGCAAGGAAGUGGAGAUGGAUGAUUGGCUAUUUGAGUUUGCGCAGCUGUUCAGGACCCAUGUCGGGAUUGACCCUGAUGCUCAUAUUGAUCUUCAUGAGCUCGGGAUGGAGUUGUGCUCUGAAGCCCUCGAGGAAACAGUGACAAGUGAGGAUGCUCAAAGCCUUUUCGACAAGGCUGCCCUUAAGUUCCAGGAGGUGGUUGCUCUGGCUUUCUUCAACUGGGGAAAUGUUCAUAUGUGUGCAGCAAGGAAAAGAAUGCCCAUAGAUGAAUCAGCUGAUAAAGACACGAUGAAUGGGCAGCUUCAAAACGCUUAUGAUUGGGUAAAAGACAAGUAUACCCUAGCUAAAGAGAAGUACGAAGAGGCUCUAUCAAUCAAACCAGACUUCUAUGAAGGAUUGUUAGCUCUGGGCCAGCAACAAUUUGAGAUGGCUAAACUUCAUUGGUCAUUCAUAUUAGCAAAGAAAGAAGAUCUAUCGAAAUGGGAUCCAACCGAGACCAUUGGUCUCUUUGACAGCGCAGAAGAGAAAAUGAAAACGGCAACUGCAAUGUGGGAGAAGCUGGAGGAGCAGAGAGCUAAUGAGUUGAAAGAUCCUAGUGCAAACAAGAAGGAUGAACUAUCAAAAAGAAAGAAGAAACCGGGUAGUGGUGCACAAGGUGAUUCGGGUAUAGGGGAAAUCUCUCCCGAGGAAGCAGCAGAGCAAGCUGCUGUUAUGAGAUCACAGAUUCAUUUGUUUUGGGGCAAUAUGCUUUUUGAAAGAUCUCAAAUCGAAUGUAAACUGAACUUGCCUGGAUGGAAGAAGAAUCUGGAUGUUGCUGUGGGGCGAUUUAAACUUGCUGGAGCUUCUGAAGCCGAUAUCUCAACAGUUCUGAAGAAUCACUACUCUAACGAAGAAGCUGCUGAUGGGAAUGAGAAAAAGACCGAGGAUGUGCCUCCUACCAAUGUGGUUAACAAAGAAGAUGACUGAAAUGCAGGUUCAUGUACGAUCAAUGCAGUGCUCGUUAACCGUUUGUGAUGGUAUGGUAUACUCGUUCAAUGCAGUGCUCGUUAACCUUUUAUGAUGGUGGUAUACUCGUUCGUGGUUCUAGAAUGGAGUCGAAAUUUUAUUUUAACGCUUCAUCAAGAUCGCCUACCUGGCUAACCCAAUGGGGUUUAAGCUCUCAUACUUGAAGGUCUUCUGUCAUGUCCUUAGCUUCUAGACUUGAAAGCUAACCUGAUUUUUGCAAUGAUUCUUAAAUAAAGUUUUGGUUUUUGCUAGUAAAUAAUCUUUCCCAGCAUCUUCAAGAAGUCUGAUUUGUGAACACUUUGAGACGUUUGAUUGACUUAUUUGGGUUGACAUUUGUGAUUUUUUAUCUACAUGUUAAUUUCUUGUUUCGAA